ACGAUGCCGCCCGUGAAAGUCUGCAUCAUCGGGUCCGGGAACUGGGGAUCUGCUAUUGCAAAAAUCAUAGGUAAAAACAUCCAGAAAUCCAACAGAUUCGAGCCAGUCAUAAAAAUGUGGGUGUUUGAAGAGCUGAUCAAUGGGAGGAAACUCACAGAGAUAAUUAACCAAGAUCAUGAAAAUGUGAAGUAUCUUCCAGGUCAUAAACUACCUCCUAAUGUGGUUGCUGUAGCAGAUCCGGUAGAGGCAGCGGCUGAUUCGGAUAUUCUAAUAUUUGUUAUACCCCAUCAGUUCAUUCCUAAAAUAUGUGACCAACUUGUUGGCAAAAUAAAAGCAGGAACCAUUGGGAUUUCACUAAUCAAGGGAGUAGACGAGGGCCCAGAAGGCCUGAAACUCAUCACGGACAUCAUUCGAGAAAAACUGAAGAUCGAAGUCAGUGUGCUCAUGGGAGCCAACAUUGCUAAUGAAGUGGCAGAUGAAAAGUUCUGUGAAACCACCAUUGGUUGCAAAAAUGCAGAUCAUGGGAAGCUCUUUAAAGAAUUAAUGCAAACCCCAAAUUUCAGAAUUACUGUGGUGGAUGACUGUGACACGGUGGAGAUCUGUGGAGCCUUAAAAAACAUAGUGGCAGUCGGAGCUGGAUUUUGCGAUGGUCUGGGCUUUGGGGAUAACACCAAAGCAGCUGUGAUUCGCCUGGGCCUCAUGGAAAUGGUUGCUUUUGCAAAACUCUUCUGCAAGGGCGCUGUAUCAAUAAACACAUUUCUGGAAAGUUGUGGUGUUGCUGAUCUGAUCACCACAUGCUACGGUGGACGCAACAGGAAAGUGGCAGAAGCUUUUGCACAUGGUGGAAAAACAAUUGAGGAACUAGAAAAAGAGAUGCUGAAUGGACAGAAGCUUCAAGGACCUCAGACAUCAGCUGAAGUUUACAAGAUCUUGAAACAGAAGAACUUAAUGAACAAGUUUCCAUUAUUUGUCAGUGUCUACCAGAUCUGCUACGAGAAGAAAUCUGUCAAAGAGUUCAUCACUUGUCUGCAGAAUCAUCCACAACACAUGUGAGGCACUGUGGCUCAUCCUUCCAAGCAUCCCCUCUGCUCAAGGCUUCUGUCAUCUUGAGCACGAUGAAUAAAAGCAAGCAAGGCAAAAGAAU